GUACCGCCCCGGCCGGGCGGCGGGGCGGAGCUGCCGAAAGAGGCCGCGGCAGCCGCGACCGCGGUACCGGGCUGGUAGGAAAGGGCUUCUCGGUGUUGCAGCGACCCUGCCGUCACCGGCCUCCCGCCACUCGCCUUCCGGCGGGGCCGCGGAGCCGGAGCGGGGAAAUCCACUCUCUUAGCUUCUGCCUGCUGCCGCGCAGGCCGGGCGGCGCGGGGCAUGAAGCUGACCAAAGCCCAGUACGAUGAAAUAGCCCAGUUCCUGGGGCAUAUGCAGCCCACCCGACAGAGCCUGAGGAAGCUGAAGGAGAAGUUCCCUAGUCAAUCGCAGUCCACUCUGCUGAGCAUCUUCUCCCAGGAGUACCAGAAACAAAUCAAAAGGACACAUGCCAAGCAUCACACUGCUGAAGCUAUUGAAACUUACUACCAAAGGUACCUGAAUGGGGUGAUGAAAAAUGCAGCUGCCCCUGUAUUACUGGAGCUGGCCAAUGAGGUGGACUUUGCCCCAUCAUUGAUGGCUCGUAUUGUGUUGGAAAGAUUUCUACAAGAAAAAGAAGACACUGUCCCCUCCAAAACUCUUAUAAAUAGUAUGCUACGGGACCCUUCUCAGAUUCCAGAUGGAGUUCUAGCAAAUCAAGUCUAUCAGUGUACAGUGAAUGACUGUUGUUAUGGACCACUGGUGGACUGCAUCAAACAUGCUAUUGGGCAUGAACAUGAAGUCUUGCUACGAGAAAUGCUUUUGGAAAAAAAUCUCUCUUUCAUAGCUGAAGAUCAGCUUCGUGCAAAGGGUUAUGACAAAACUCCAGACUUUAUCUUGGAAGUGCCAGUAGCUGUUGAGGGACACAUAAUUCACUGGAUUGAAAGCAAAGCCUCAUUUGGUGAUGAAAGUAGCCACCAAGCCUACUUGCAAGACCAGUUUUGGAGCUACUGGAACAGAUUUGGCCCUGGCUUAGUCAUCUACUGGUAUGGGUUCAUUGAAGAGCUGGACUGCCAUCGUGAGCGUGGUAUCCUGCUAAAAGACUGCUUUCCUACUGACAUCGUGACUCUGCGGCACAGCAUGGCUCAGCGCUGAUGCUGGGAGGAAGAGGGAAUCUGUACCUAGGAAUUUUUCUCAUUGCUGACCUCAAGGAAAGAAUCUGUCCUGACCCCUGUAGGUACUGUAACAUGCAAUUUUCUGGCGUACUGAAGUCCAAAAGAACAAUGUGCAGAAGCUCUCUGUGUGGGUUAGUCCUGAAGAUUACCCUCCUGGUUUUCAAGAAGGGGAGUGGGGAAAAAAAAAAAAAAAAGAAACAGAGCUUCAUACUCGAUCAGUUCCACCAAAUAAAUAAAGCAUGCAGAUGGACACAAGUUUCCUGCACACUGAUGUAUUCUUCUAAGAGCAUUGUAUAUCUCUCAUUGGAACCACCAAGUUCAGAGGUACAUUGAGGUGGGUAUUAACCUUGGAGGACUUCAGUCUCAUUUAUUUUCCAUCUUGAUUGCCACUCAGAUGGGAAGUAUUUGACCUCGGGUUUGUGCUCUCAGCCAGAGGUUUCUUAAUCAUAGCAGCUUUUGGGGUUUCACAUUCUUUAAUACUCUUUUCUUUGCUAACUGGCAUUCAGGAAAGGAUGAAUAUUUUAAAAAGUCAAUGAGUAUGCUCAUUUUCAUGUAUGCUCAUCAUCUUCAGAUUUUCAGAGACGUAAAGCAGAGGUACAGGUUCUGUUGUAGAAUUAAAGGUGUGGUAGCAGUCUCCUUGAAGCAGAAGUUGAUAACCUCUUCCAUAAGGAAAGGGUCUUCAAAACAUCACAGGCCAUUUUCAUAAUCUUUUUCAUCUGAAGUGGCAUUUUGUGUGCCUGUAUGAUGUAAAAAUUUCACGUGGAGGCUUUUUACAAUCUUGCCAUGAGUUAAAAGAAAGGACAUUAAUCAUAUUCAGGUUUUUUGCUAUGGUUUUCAAAGGCAUAUGCCAUGUUUGUAUUUUUAAUCUUUAGUCUUCUCUUUUAACUCUUUAUUGUAAGUUUCAGACAAAGAUUAAUCAAAAUUACAAAUUCCUAAUUUUCAGGAAAAGAUUUUUUUUAGUCGUUUUAGUACACUGUCCCUAGCUGCAGAGAGAAUCUUCUACAGCUCCACCACAGAGAGGUAUUGUUGCAUAGAGAUUAUUUUCUCAGGUUUGAAUGCGUUGCAGUGGAAAGAUUUAUGUUUUAAAAGAAAUUUAACACUUGUAAUUCAUUUAUGUUCAAGUAUCUAAGGUAUUGUGCUUAGCUUAAAUGUACUCAACAAGCUUUAAGGAUCAGUCCAUAAAGAUACACAGGAGCAAUCUGUGAAGUGUCCCUGCCUGAUGCUACACAGAAGCUGCAUUUAGGGUGCUGCUGCCCCUGGGACUUCUAACUGUGGUUUAGGUUAGUGGAGUGUGUAAAAUCACCAAGAGAAUAAGAAAGAAAAAAAUAACUAAACAUUAUCAUGCUAGAAAAUUCAGAAGUAAUGGUUGUCUGAGUGAAAUGGGUUUUAAGGCAAACUGAAUUUGUUUUAGCUAGUGCAUAUGCUUUCUGUUGUAUGAAAUAAUUUAAAUCAGCUUUUACAUGAUGCACUAAUGCUGGGGUUUUGAAUAAAUUAAAUUUAUCUACACAGAUGUUGAAAAUUCUGCUCAACCUCCAUCAAAGCUUUGCUUUAUUUGUUUUUACAUUAAACAAAUUUAUGUGGGGACACACAGAUAAAUCAGGUUAGGCUUGUAUUUGUUUAUUUAUUCCUCUAUCUAAUGCUGUGACAUAACAGGUUGGGAAGCAGUACAGCUGUCUUUAAUCAAAGCUUUGACCUUUAUAUAUUACCCCUUUAAGAAUCUUUGUAUUAGAAGGAGGAUGAAAUAAGCCACAGAAGUAUACAGACUGUACUAAUUUCAUUACAUGCUAUCGAACAAGCUUAGCAACCACAAAAAUUACACUGUGUCACUCUUGCAAAUGCUGAAAGCAGAACUUUAAAAAAAUUGAGGCUACUUUGUUAUUUCUACUUGUAUCUUGCAAAAAAUCCUCAUUUGUGUGUUUUCUCUAUCAGACGUAAACAUCAGCUUGAAUAUUAAAGAGGAAAAAU